AUGGUUGCAGAGAAUGAAGAAAUGGUUACUGGAUGGCCACUUGGACUUAGCUUCUUGAAUACGAGACUCAGAGUUGUGGAAUCGCUUCCAGCAGCAGCUUCUUCUUCUUCGGUGGAACCACCAUACCAAUUGCACAUACCAUCUACCAGCUUCUCUUCAUUUUCAACCUCUAAUCUUGAUACGGAGUCUACAGCGUCUUUCUUCCAAGACAGAAGUGUGUCACUUGCACAGCUGAUUGGGUUCAGGACAGAUGAGAGAGGACGGCUGUAUUUCCCCAAGUCGUUAAGGUUUGAAGAAAGGAACAGGAUACGAGAAAAUGGUUCUUGUUCGAAUGGCAGCAAAGUACAAGAAAAGGAUGUUUCUAAGGUUAUUUGCAUACCUGUACUGAUUGAUGCACUGCUAAAGAUUAUAAGGAGUAAGAAGAGUUCAAGAAACUAG